AUGCCGCUGAAACUCUAUGCCGCAGCAAGCGAUUACAAGACCAAGAAGGUCCUGAUUGCUGCGCAGUAUGUGGGCAUGGAGGUCUCCUGCCCAGAGCAGGGCAAAGCGAUUGAGGGGAAGAUCCCUGUGCUCGAGACGGAGAAGGGCUGCAUCUUCACAAGUGGAGCCAUAGCCAGGUAUGUCGCAAGGAUCAGCCGGCCCGUUGGGCUGUACGGGCAGAACCUCUUAGAGGCACUGAACUGGGAUGCUUCUGGGCCAUGCAGCAUCUUUGGCACGUCUUGCAUGAUUCCCGAUCCCGAUGGCCGGGCACACUUCCAGAAGCAGAUAGUGGCAGGCAGCAGCGGUACCGCUUUGCACUUGGGUCCUCCCGAUGAUGGGCAAGUAUCCCGAAGUGCCGGAAGCCACAGCCUGCCAGAGCCCUAG